AUAGACCAGGGAACGGGAUGGAGGACAUUAGUGCAAGCCAUGGGGUGCAAUAACAGAGAGAGAGAGAGAGAGAGGACAUUGAUUCAUGUCAGAGAGGGAGAGUCUCAUAAAGGAAGGGGUAACUGAACAACUCAUCUUCUUCUCUUGCUAGGCAUUACGACACUGCAACUCAAAUAAAUGCAGUGUAAGAAAGAUGGUUGGGUCCUCAUUCAAUACAACACCUCGCCUACUGUAUACCCCAAACCCUCCUUCCUCCACUCGCUCUCUCAUCUGGUCAAGUUUGCGAUUUUAGCUCUCUCUCUCUCUUCUCUUUGAGUGUGAACUCGGAAGGCAUAUCUUUGUUCAUGGGUUUAAUGCCCAUGUAUCUCAGCUCUCCGUGCUUCAAACUUAUCUUGCUUCUCUGCACAUUAAUCAUCUUGUUUGCUCAACCUGGAACUUCGUCCUCUCUCUCUCUUAAUUUCUAUGAAGAGUCAUGUCCAAAUGUGGAGAUGUUGGUGACAGAUGCUGUGAGAUCAGCUUCAACCUUCGACCAAACUGUUCCUGCAAAACUCCUUCGCUUGCUAUUCCAUGACUGCAUGGUUGAGGGAUGUGAUGGGUCUGUUUUGGUAGAAGGGAAUGGGACAGAGAGGGCAGAUCCUGCAAAUGCAUCUUUGGGAGGGUUUCAGGUUGUGGAAUCAGCGAAAGCGUUGGUUGAAGUCUUUUGUCCCUCGACUGUUUCUUGUGCCGAUGUACUCGUCUUAGCUGCUAGAGAUGCUGUCCGAUUGGGUGGAGGGCCAAAUGUGAGGGUUUUAAUGGGAAGGAAAGAUGGGAGGGUCUCAUCGGAGGCAAAUGUGAGGGCCAACAUAGUGGACACCACCUUCGACCUCGAUCAAAUGACCAAAAUCUUCUCCUCCAAAGCCCUCAACCUAGAUGACCUUGUCGCCCUCUCAGGUGCUCAUACGAUCGGUAGGUCACAUUGCAGCGCAUUCAGUGACCGUUUCGCUCAAGAUUCAAAGGGCAAACUGACACCCACUGAUCCUUUGUUAGAUAAGAAGUACGGAAAUGACUUGUUAAGCCAAUGCCCACGUAAUGCAGACCCUUCAAUUACAGUGGACAAUGACCCAGAAACCGGUUUGGUUUUUGACAAUGUCUAUUAUCAGAAUUUGGUGAUGGGGAAGGGGUUGUUUCAUUCUGAUUCAGUUCUUUUCGGGGACACGCGGACAAGGAAUAAGGUGUUGAGAUUUGCUGAGAGUGAGGAGAGCUUCUUUGAAGGUUGGGAGAGGUCGUUUUUGAGGCUCACCAGCAUAGGCGUGAAGACGGGGAACCAGGGGGAAAUAAGAAGAUUAUGCAGAGAGAUAAAUGGAUGAAGUUGCGAUUAUUGUCCCUCUCUCUCUCUCUCCAUUAUAUUAUUAAUGUGAAAAUAUCUUGUCAGCGCAUAAGCUGAUAAAAGAGUGUAAGCUCAAAAGCUUAGAUUGAAUAUGGGUCAAUCGUAGUCAUUAUUGUA